AUGGCGUUAGAAGCAGUUUCUAUUAGUAUUCUUGCUAUAGCAGUGGCUGCCCUUUUGCUAAUUGUAAAUCCUCUCAGAAGUAGAGAUAAUAAGCCACCCCAUCCUCCAUCGUGGCCAAUUAUUGGGCAUAUUCCUCUUCUAGGUAGGAGCAAACAACCCAUUCACAGACUUCUAUCCUCUCUCUCACAGCGCUAUGGCCCCAUCAUGCAUCUGCAACUUGGCUUCCGCCCGAUUUUGGUUAUCUCCUCAGCAGAUCUCGCAAAAGAAUGCUUUACAACUAAUGAGAAAGCCUUUGCAUCUCGCCCACUUACGUCUGUAGGAAAGCAUAUAGGGUAUGACUUCAAAAUGUUGGGUUUGGCCCCUUACGGCCCCUACUGGCGAAACGUCAGAAAACUUUGCAGGCUCCAGCUCUUUACAGCACACAGAAUUGAAUCCUUCAGGCACAUCCAAGAAGAGGAGAUUUCCUGUCUCAUCCGCUCGCUAUUGGAGAGUUGGGAGCGAGACAUCAGUUCAGUGAAGAUCAAAUCAAGGCUCUCUGAUCUCACAUGUAAUAUCAUGAUGCGAAUCGUUGCCAGCAAGAGAUUCUCGCCAGAUCUCAGUCCUCAAGAUCGCGGAGAAGUGCAGUAUUUUAAGGAGAUGAUGGAAGAAACUGUUUUGUUACUUGGAACAUUUGAUAUUGCUCAUUACCUGCCGUUUCUUAAGUGGGUCGAUCCACAGGGAAUAGUAUUGGCUAUGGAGAAUCUACAGAAGAAAAGAGAGGUGUUUAUGGAUAAAUUGCUCCAUGCUCACCGAGAGAAGAGAGCGGUGCAUGCUCCAGACUUAAUUGAUGUUCUCAUCUCUGCAACAGAAAACAUAGAAAUUCAGUCGGACAAUAACGACGAUGUUGUGAAAGCCAACGCCUUGGCUAUCAUAAUCGCAGGUGCUGACACAUCCGCUGUGACGAUCGAGUGGGCAUUGUCAGCUCUGAUGCAGCACCCGAACGCUCUGUGCGAAGCCAAGCAAGAGCUUGACAUGCAUGUCGGACGGGACCGACUAAUGGAGGAAUCAGAUAUCCCCAAGCUGAAAUAG